AUCCCUGUGUAUGAGAUAUGUGCAAAACGUCUCUUCAGUGUGACACCGAUAUGUUCAAAAUCACAUGCUGGAAGAUAUAGACGUACUAAAAGACAUGAUAAACCUCUGACAUAUGAGCAAUUUAAUGGUCCACAUCAGAUACAUCAUCGGAAAUCUUGGAAUACAUGGAAUACAAGUAAUUUGCUGGAUGGCCUGAGGUCUUCUGAAACAGCAGUUGAAGACUUUUUUAUUCGUAAAUUUAUGUUUGGUACCUGGCACAGGUUGUUUGUCUCUGAAGUAAUCAUCAAAAGACGACACAAUUUAAUUGUUAUAGCUGGUAUUAUAGUGCGGAAUAUUCAAGUGAGAAAAUUAUAUUUUCUCAUAGGUUAUACAGAAGAAAUGCUGAGUUAUAUUUUCAAGUGUCCUGUAAAAUUAGAGCUACAGAGUACCAAAGACAAGACUGAUGUUGUAUUUAAAUAUGUGUAAAUCUUAUGAUCUCUUAUUAUGUACAUUAAAGUAGUUUUUACCAUUG